UGUUUGGAAGGAGAAAAGGGUGCUAGCAGCGGCGUUGCCCGUAUAUAUACCGGCUCAGGCUGGGGUUUUAUGGUUAAAAGAACAUCUUCUGCGUCCUGAAGAAUGUCGACGCCCGCUAGAAGACGCCUUAUGAGAGACUUCAAAAGGCUGCAGGAAGACCCUCCGGCCGGAGUGAGUGGGGCCCCUUCGGAGAACAACAUCAUGAUGUGGAACGCGGUUAUUUUUGGACCUGAGGGAACGCCAUUUGAAGAUGGAACCUUUAAGCUUGUGAUAGAAUUUUCAGAAGAGUACCCAAACAAGCCCCCCACGGUCCGAUUCAUCUCCAAGAUGUUCCACCCCAACGUUUAUGCGGACGGAAGCAUAUGUCUGGACAUCCUUCAGAACCGCUGGAGCCCCACGUACGACGUCUCCUCCAUCCUCACCUCCAUCCAGUCCCUGCUGGACGAGCCCAAUCCCAACAGCCCGGCGAACAGCCAGGCCGCCCAGCUGUACCAGGAGAACAAGCGGGAGUACGAGAAGCGUGUGUCUGCGGUGGUGGAGCAGAGCUGGAGGGACUCCUAACACAGGGCCGCGCCGCGCCCAGCGCCGUUACCUCACCCAGGACUCCCCCACAGGGCCCCGUUCCCUCCCCCACAGGGCCCCGUUCACUCCCCCACAGGGCCCCGUUCCCUCCCCCACAGGGCCCCGUUCCCUCCCCCACACGUGCGGACAGAGAGCGUUUUAACUGUGUGCUGUUCAUUUCCUUUUUAUUGCAUGAUGCAAAAAUAAGUUAUUUGCAGUUUGUCAUUUUAUUUUGUUUUUAUUUUGGCAUUGAUGCUGUUAUGGUUUGGUUUCUACAGGAUCUUUUAUUUGUAAUUGUUUGUCAGAGUUUGAAGAACACUGGCUGUUGAAGAUGUUUUUGUUUUUUUGUUUGUUUGUUUGUUUUGUUGGACAAAUUGCUCAAUUCUGCGAGAUGAGUCUGGAACAGAAAGGGCAGAAAGAGGACCUGAUCUUUAGUUCUGGAUUAUUGAAGCAUUAGUUCUGGAUUAUUGAAGCUAGUGUAUAUAAUUGCCAUUAAUGAAGGCUAUUUGUGCAUCUUGUGCACAACGUGAGAAGUUACAAUAGUUUAUCAAAUCAAAGCAGUUCUGGCACAAAGGGACUCUGGUGCAGGUGCUGUGAGAACAGACGGCUCAGUGAGACUGCUGAUGAAAGCUUGCCGGCACCACAAAACUGGUCAGAACUGAUCAAGGGCUGUCCUACAAGCUGCCCGAAUUUUACCACAACAUCAGUCACUGGAGCUAGGGUUUUUGAGCCUGCUUGGUGGCUUUUUUUUUUUUUUUCAUCCAAUUAACGGUAAAAAUGUUUACUGUGCGAGUUGACCAUAUAUAAAACUAUGAAUGGCAGUCGUUUUCCAAGAAGAGAGAUGUCAAAAGGCUAGUUUUGUGAAUUUAUUGAUAAUGUAUACUUGAUAUGCUGUAUAAACAUAAUAAAAUACAUUUUACAGACUUGA